AUGGCUGCCCGACUUCCUUUGGCGCGUCUUUCCGGUCAGCGCUUGGCGACUUUGACCCGAGCCUCUCGCGGUCCUUGCCGACUUCGUGGUGCUCAGAGCUUGUCUACUCUGUCCCGAACCAAUUCUAUCCCCAGAGCUUCCGGUCUGCUCCAGGCUUCAUCAGGAAUCAAUGUCUCGCGCAACCUUGCUCCCUACGUGGGCUCCCAGAUUCGCACCUAUGCCGACAAGGUCGUCCAGGUCCCCCAGAUGGCCGAAUCUAUCACAGAGGGUACCCUGAAGCAGUUUUCCAAACAGGUUGGUGACUUUGUUGAGCGUGAUGAGGAGAUUGCGACUAUUGAGACUGACAAGAUCGAUGUUUCCGUCAAUGCUCCCGAGUCUGGUAUCAUUAAGGAGUUCCUGGUCGCUGAGGAGGAUACUGUUACCGUUGGUCAGGAUUUGGUCAAGAUGGAGCUGAGUGAUGCUCCUGCUGGUGGCAAGGAGGCUGCUCCCGAGAAGGCCGCCGAGCCUGCUGCUGAGAAGCCCAAGGAGACUGCCGCUCCCGCUGCUGAGCAGCCCAAGCAGAAGGAGACCCCCAAGGUUGAGGCCAAGGAGCCCGAGACCAAGCCUACCCAGGGUAACCGUGAGGAGCGUCGCGUCAAGAUGAACCGUAUGCGUCUUCGCAUUGCUGAGCGCCUUAAGCAGUCCCAGAACACCGCUGCUUCCCUGACCACCUUCAACGAGGUUGACAUGUCCUCUCUCAUGGAGCUCCGCAAGCUCUACAAGGAUGAUGUUCUUAAGAAGACUGGUGUGAAGCUUGGCUUCAUGAGCGCUUUCUCCCGCGCCUGUGUUCUGGCCAUGAAGGACGUCCCUGCUGUUAACGCCUCCAUUGAGGGCCCCAACGGCGGUGACACCAUUGUCUACCGUGAUUACGUUGACAUCAGUGUUGCUGUUGCCACUGAGAAGGGUCUCGUUACCCCUGUUGUUCGCAACACUGAGACUAUGGAUCUUGUUGGCAUUGAGAAGUCUAUUGCUGACCUGGGCAAGAAGGCCCGUGACAACAAGCUGACCAUUGAGGAUAUGGCCGGUGGUACUUUCACCAUCAGCAACGGUGGUGUCUUCGGUUCUUUGAUGGGUACUCCCAUCAUCAACUUGCCCCAGACUGCUGUCCUGGGUCUCCACGCUAUCAAGGACAAGCCCGUUGCCAUCAACGGCAAGGUUGAGAUUCGCCCUAUGAUGUACCUCGCCCUCACCUACGACCACCGUCUUCUGGAUGGCCGUGAGGCCGUCACUUUCCUCGUUAAGGUUAAGGAGUACAUUGAGGACCCCCGCCGCAUGCUGCUCGGUUAA